CUUGAUUCAUGAGUACGAUUGUGGUAAGUUAAAAAUGUUGAAUUAAAUUAUACUUUAAUGUGUUUAAUAUGACGGAUCUGUGAACUCAGUACUGUUGAGAAGACUUGAAUAUUUUUACAAUCAGGGUGAAUACCAAUGUUAAAAUAGCUUUACUGAGGGCAGCCACAUUUCUUUUGUCUGUGUAAAUCAGUAGAAAUAUGCCAAUAAGAUGAGACGGCCUCAUCUAUAUAUAAUUUCUGAAAUAGGAAUCCCACCAACACAUCAAAUAUGUAUUAGACGACAGACUCGAGAAAUUUCAGAUAAGCAAAUCUGUAUGAUUCAUUGUGAGAAUCGAAGUCUUUUAUGUGAAAAAACAUAAUUAAGCGUGAAGUUAAUCCCUUGCAAUAAAAUCCCUGUGUUAACCGAACGUUAGUCGGUGCGGUACUCGAAUGUUUUCAGAAAAUAAUGAAUCGUUCAGUGGCACCUCACACAAAAACUACAACAUUAGGAGAGAAUUGUGAAUACACACACAGAUAUUUUAUACUUAUGCUAAACACAUUAUACUAUUAAACAGUGGUUUUUUUCUAACAUCAAAUGUAUAUCAACAGGCUGUAAGUUUGCCAUUUGUUUUCGACUAUUCAUAGUACAUUGUUACAUUUGUCACAAAAUUGCAUUGGCUGUUAAUUACGGUGCUUAUUACUGUUUUCUUUUUUAUAUUAUUUCACGUUUCAAAUUUACGUCAAUACACUCCGCUAAUCAUUUCAUCAUUUGAUUUCAAACGUAAAUGAACAGCUUCGUGUCAAUCUUCUACACCCGGUGUUCCAAUGAAAGAGGAGCCAGACGAAAAAAUAAUGCAAGUGGCGAAACAAAAUGCUUUAAAGGAAUUUGACACACUCGAUGGUAUUAAUAGAAAGGCCUCUGCUUUUUAUAAUCGCUUGUCUGCCUGCAAAUCCAGCGAAAACUCCAUAGAGAAAGUGCUAUAUAUAUGGCCUCCAGCUCAGUUGUUGUUAUUAUCGGUCCAAUCUAAUUGCACUUUGGCUUAA